AUGUCUCUACCACCUAAUACCCGGAAGGACUUUGAUAUCGCGAUCAUCUGCGCAUUACAGGUAGAAGCAGACGCUGUAGAGGCACUCUUCGAUCAUUUCUGGGAAGAGGAUGGCGAUCGAUACGGAAAGUCACGCGGAGACCAGAAUGCAUAUCGAACCGGAGUUAUCGGCAAUCAUAACGUCGUUUUAGCAUAUAUGCCAGGCAUUGGAAAGGCCCAUGCAGCAAGCGUCGCGUCGAGUUUUCGAUCGAGCUUCCAAGGUAUCCGACUUGCGUUGAUUGUUGGCAUCUGCGGAGGAGUACCAGACGGGACCAGCAGCAGAAUCUUUCUUGGUGAUAUAAUUAUCAGCGAUGAGAUCGUGAUAUAUGAUUUGGGCAGGAUAUACCCAGGGGGGUUUCGGCGCAAAGAGGGAAUAACCAACUCUACCGUGAACAUCGAAGUCAGGACCUUUCUGCAGAAAUUGAAAAGCCAAAAAGGUCGGGAGCACUUACUAAAGCAAACCACCCAUCACUUUACGAGGUUGCAAAAACGAGUCAGCGGCUAUAGUUGCCCUGGAAUAACGAGAGAUCGACUUUUUGAGAACACAUAUCAUCAUAAGCAUCAACGGCCCUUAAGAUGCGAGGAGUGCGAAAAGGGUGAGCUAUGUGAAAAAGCUCAGGAGGCCACAUGUGAGGCGUUGAAAUGUGAUCAGAAGAAAUUGGUUGCUCGUCCCAUAUCUUGCCCCGAUAGGCCCGAUAUUCACUUUGGACGAAUGGCUUCAGGGGACAAAGUCAUGAAAUCUGGCCUGGAGCGAGACAAAAUUGCUCAAGCAGAGGAAGUGGUUGCGUUCGAAAUGGAGGGCGCGGGAGUUUGCCAUGCCCUUCCCUUCGUUUUGGUAAAGGGAGUAUGCGACUACGCUGAUAGUCAUAAGGAUAAGCAUUGGCAGAAGUACACAGCCGGAAGAGCUGCUGCAUGUAUGAGGUCACUUUUAGAACAAUGGGCAAUUGUCGAUUCAGCAGAAGAAAGUACCGAACGGUACAAAGAACCCUCACAAGAACAUUACUAUAACCUUGACACUCGUUCUGAGAUGACAUCUCCUCGGCCACCGCCCAUUGAUGAAGGCAAUUCGUCGCCAAGAAGCCAUGAUACCACCUAUGGGGACUUGUUGCAAUUCUUGCCAGCGGUUAAGUUUGGUUUUAAGAGUGCACUUGCAUGUUUCAAAGUAAACCGCAAGCAUUUGCCUCGCGAUGCUGAUCUCCGGAGCCUACUGAAGACGCAGCGCGUUAUUUUUCUAGAGAUUCUUGAAGAUAUAUCCUCCAACACUUCGGAAUACGCAGUCCAUGAACGGAUUUUGUCGAAUAAGCUCCACUUGGAUGGGGCUCAAGCGAUUCGAACAAAGCUCGAGGAGAUUGAAGACAUAACCAACAGCCUCCCUGUUGCCAAAAAGGAGGAAUCGCAAUCUAGAAGUGAUGUGGACAAUCUUAAAAACGCAGUCGAAGAUCUAGCCUCUUUGGUUCACGUUUUUGUAUCUUUGAUGCCUCAACCCAAAAAGCCUCGGUCAAUCGAGAAUUCAAAAGUAUUCAUGUCUUCCAGGAGUUGUCGCGAGUUUCAGCAUUUUCAAAUUGUCCAACAAGCUGCCUGCAGCCUCUAUGAUGCUUUUGGAACGGCUUGUAAUGCACAUACUGUCCAUAAUGUGCAUCUAUCCCUCCAACCAGAUCUUGAUCAAACACUAUCCCGGGUGCAGUUCAAUGUGGCCUAUUCUCAGAUUUCCAUGACUUCGGGAAAGGCAAUCUGGAUCAAAGUCGAAUCGAAGAUUAAAUCUCCCGAAGUCAAUCCCGAAGUCAAUCCCGAAUCGACGUCUCUAUUGAUACAAGGGGAAAUACGAUCUCUCAAAAGAUCAGUGCACUUUGAAGAUAGUCCAUCGGAAGUUCGCAAAGAAGUACGUUCGCAAACCUCAGGUGAAUCUAUUCGGUCAUUAUGUCCAAAAGAAUCAUUCAGUGGCGUCCCGAAUCUUCACCUACAGCGUAAUCUUUGUACUCUGAUGGAGAGGUUUUCACAUCAACGAGAAUGCAAUAGGUGUAUUGGUUUACUUGGGGACAAUGUUAUCUGUACCCAUUUGGCAUACAUGCACAACCAACCCGAUGACAAGAGCACCUCCACCUCACUCUCCCAGCUUAUAUCCUUAUCAAGAACCGAGCUGACCGAAUGCAUGAGUCUCUAUGAGCAAAUUCGACUAUGCAGGUAUCUCGCCACUGCCGUUCUAUACUACCAUGCCACACCGUGGCUCACCAAAGCAUGGCGCAGUGAGGACAUUCACUUCUUCGGUCACGGUUCCUCUCUUCGGCAGAUGCCACACAACCUAUUAUAUAUCGCCAUGGCUACUUCCGUUCAAGUACCAGAACCUCCCAACAACACCCAGCCCCCAUCUUUGCAUUACCACCAUGUUGUCCGCAACCCCGUCCUCUUUGGUCUGGGUGUCAUGUUCCUCGAAAUCGCAUACGAGGCUCCUCUCGAGGUCCUUCAACAACCAGUCGACAUCGAUAAAGACGGCCUGCAGGGAUUUGCAGAUUACUUCACAGCCCACAGGGUAGCAGAGAGCGGUAGGAAAGUCACCGGGAAUUUCAAAGCAAUAAUAGAAAAAAUGCCUAAACUGCGACUUUGGCCACGACAGUGA